AUUUCAAACAGUACCUUUUUCAGUCAGUCGCUUCCCCCGCUCCUCUCCGCUCUCUCCCCCACCUACACAUAUUUCAACACUCUCUCUCUCUCUGGAGCGUUCUCUUCUCUCCUUGAGCUUCUCUUACCGCCAUUAGAGCUCCUUCACAAACUCAUAAACCUAUUUGUUGAGCCAGGCUUGGCUUAACCACUGGCCUUUUUCCAGACUAAAUUAUGUAUUGCUCUUCUUCGAUGCAUCCAAAUGCAAACAAAGAAAAUAUCUCUACUUCAGAUGUACAGGAGAGUUUUGUACGAAUAACGAGAUCACGAGCUAAAAAAGCCAUGGGAAGAGGAGUAUCAAUACCUCCAACAAAACCUUCUUUUAAACAGCAAAAGAGACGUGCAGUACUUAAGGAUGUGAGUAAUACCUCUGCAGAUAUUAUUUAUUCAGAACUUCGAAAGGGAGGCAACAUCAAGGCAAACAGAAAAUGUCUAAAAGAGCCUAAAAAAGCAGCAAAGGAAGGUGCUAACAGUGCCAUGGAUAUUCUGGUAGAUAUGCAUACAGAAAAAUCAAAAUUAGCAGAAGAUUUGUCCAAGAUCAGGAUGGCUGAAGCCCAAGAUGUCUCUCUUUCAAACUUUAAAGAUGAAGAAAUUACUGAGCAACAAGAAGAUGGAUCAGGUGUCAUGGAGUUACUUCAAGUUGUAGAUAUUGAUUCCAACGUCGAAGAUCCACAGUGUUGCAGCUUGUAUGCUGCUGAUAUAUAUGACAACAUACAUGUUGCAGAGCUUCAACAACGACCCUUGGCUAAUUAUAUGGAGCUUGUGCAGCGAGAUAUCGACCCAGACAUGAGAAAGAUUCUGAUUGACUGGCUUGUAGAAGUUUCUGACGACUACAAGCUGGUUCCAGAUACGCUUUACCUUACAGUGAAUCUUAUCGACCGGUUUCUGUCCAACAGUUACAUUGAAAGGCAAAGACUCCAGCUCCUUGGUGUCUCUUGCAUGCUUAUAGCUUCAAAAUAUGAAGAGCUUUCCGCACCAGGGGUGGAGGAGUUUUGCUUCAUUACGGCCAACACAUACACAAGACCAGAAGUGCUGAGCAUGGAGAUUCAAAUUCUAAAUUUUGUGCACUUUAGAUUAUCGGUUCCUACCACCAAAACAUUUCUGAGGCGGUUCAUUAAAGCAGCUCAAGCUUCGUACAAGGUGCCUUUCAUUGAACUGGAGUAUUUAGCAAACUAUCUCGCCGAAUUGACACUGGUGGAAUAUAGUUUCCUAAGGUUCCUGCCAUCACUAAUUGCUGCUUCAGCUGUUUUCCUAGCCCGAUGGACACUCGACCAAACUGACCAUCCUUGGGUCAGCUCAUGUUUCUUGAAUCUUGAAAAAGGUUGUUUUUGUGUUUGCCUCUUUUUUGUGCUGAUAAAAAGAAUGAUGUUUGGUUAUAGAACCCUACUCUGCAACACUACACCAGAUAUGAGGUAGCUGAGCUGAAGAACACAGUUCUCGCCAUGGAGGACUUGCAGCUCAACACCAGUGGCUGUACUCUCGCUGCCACCCGUGAGAAAUACAACCAACCAAAGUUUAAGAGCGUGGCAAAGCUGACAUCUCCCAAACGAGUCACAUCACUAUUCUCAAGAUGACACCAAGCAACAUCGAAAACAGAGCCCAAGUCAGGUGAUCAAAAUACCUAUUUUCAGACAUUGGAUGUUAUGUCGUCUCUUUGCCAGUUUUGUCUGUCUGUAAUUCUGUAGCUAUUGUGUGGCGCCUUAAUUGUAGGCCAUUACUUGUCACACCACUUAGCUUUAAAUAAAUGUUAUGGAAUUUUUCUAAUCGCAUUGCUACAACUAUUUACUAUCCUGCGGGAUUUUGUACCUAGGAGCACUUGGAAAACGAAUACAAAAGUGUUAAUUAAUAUAAAUUUCACUGUUCAUGGCUGG